AUGGCGCAGAAGUCCAGCGACACCGAUGACCAGCCCAAUCCUUCGUCAUCUUCGACUAAGGACCUGACAGACUCCGGCUCCACGCACAACAACACACCUACACCAGCACAACCCCCAAAGCUCGCCAACAACAAGGUCUCUGUGGAUAAUGCGGCAGUAUCCCAACCAAUGACGAAGUCAACCUCGUCGGGGUCAAACCCGUCGGGCAAGGAGGCUAUGUCAGGCCCAUCUCCUUACGGCACGCGUUCCCGCAAUCGGGGUCAAGCGCGCCCGAACUACGCAGAGGACAAAGAUAUGGACGUGGACAUGUACGAUGCUUACGCAGACAAAAAAGAUGAAGAAUCUAAAAAAUCCUCGCGACAGGUCGGUGCAGCUGCGAAUGGUACCAGCGAUGCACCCAAAGGCGCGAACUCGACAUCACGCAAGGGUGCAGCACCAGAGGAUGGCAAGGCUAGUAAUGGUUCGCAUAAUACAGUGAAGGAUUCGCAUCCGACGAGCAGCGCGACUACAAAUGGUUCGUCCGCCACGGCAUCUACUACUUCAUCCAAAAAACGAAAGGCACCCGCGCAAUCGGUCGCGAACAAUGCGCACAGCAAUGGCAGCACCCCGGCACCGGCUGGUCCUAACGCGACGAAACGAGGUGCUACACACGCGACAGCUAUUACAACUACACAAAAUACUGCGGGAUAUAAAGUGACGAAUAUGCUUUGUUUUGAGAAAUGCGGUGCAAUCCCGAAGGACGGGAAGAUGGUGGCAGAUGAUGGAACAGUAUUGGAAGCGAACGAUCAUGUAUAUCUUGUAUGCGAACCUCCAGGAGAACCGUAUUAUUUAGGACGUAUCAUGGAGUUCUUACACGUUCAAAAUGAUGUUACAAAGGGCGUGGAUGCGUUGCGGAUCAAUUGGUACUACCGACCAAAGGACAUUGGUAAAAAGGUCAAUGAUACCAGACUGGUCUUCGCCACUAUGCAUUCGGACAUUAGUCCGUUAACCGCAUUGCGCGGCAAGUGUCAAAUCCGCCACAAGGCCGAAAUUGACGACAUGGAGACUUACCGAAAAACUCCCGACUGUUUUUGGUAUGAGAAGCUGUACGAUCGUUAUAUUCAGAAGAAUUACGAUGUAAUUCCUUGUUUUCAGAUCGUCAACGUACCUGAGAGGGUUAAGAAGGUGUUGGACGAGCGCUGGAAGUAUAUUUUGGUGGAGCAGGGUCGGUCUAAGGAAUUUACUAGUGCCGUUAAGCUGUGUAAGAGAUGUAGUGGGUAUUGUGCAAGCAACGAUUCUGUCGACUGUGCAGUAUGUCAGCAGACGUAUCAUAUGAACUGUGUUCGUCCGCCUCUACUAAAAAAACCAUCACGUGGCUUUGCUUGGGCUUGCGCCGCAUGCAGUCGUGCCCAGGAGAGAAAGCUCGAGGCCCGACAUACGCCAAGCCUACUUGAUCCGCAUCUAGAGGCAGAAGAAGAAGAGCCUUGGGAAGAUGAUGAGGAUGCUAUCGAUACUAAUCGCACGAGCCCUGCUGAUGGUAUCGAUGACUCUCACCAACCUGCAACAGCAGAGCAGAUAUAUCACGCGAGCUUAUGGCCCUACCGGUACCUGGGGCAACACUGCAAGCCUGAAGAUGCACUGGAUUACGAUGACCGCAUAUAUCCCAGAGCCGGAUCUCGCUUAGGACCCAAGCAUCAGGCAACUGUCCUUCCUUGGUAUGGCCGUCCAGUCAAGCUAGUAAAACCUCUCGAGAUCAAGAAAUCGGGUAAGAAAGACGGCAAGCAAUCGAAGGAAGCCCUUGCAGCCCUCGAGGCGGAGAAGGCCCGUCGAGAAAAGCGGCCAAGAUGGAUUCAGGACGAACCCCCAGGAUACGUGGCGAGGGGGGAAGAUUACGAUAAUGACGACCCGAAUAACACGGCGCAGUUAUUGUGGAAACCUCUGGAUGCGGUUGAAACGUCAACUACGGAAUCCCAGCUUGACGAUUAUAUGGCCACCGCCAAGUCGAAACUAGUUCCUAUGUUCAAUCUUCCAAAGGAGUCGACGAACCUUAAAGAUGUAGCCAUCAAUACCCUCUUCAAAAAUGACUACGACAUAACCAAGGCCUUAAAAGCGUUGUUAAAAGUCGAUAGGUCCAUUUUUAAAGAGCCCGAGCUUACAACCGCUGAACUAAAAAAGUUCGAAGAAGGCGUGACCAAGUUUGGUUCCGAACUUUAUCCCAUUACGAAACUCAUCAAAACAGUCAAGCAUUCGCAAAUUGUCCGUUUCUACUAUACGUGGAAGAAAACUGACAAAGGGAAACAAAUAUGGGGUAAUUUCUCUGGCAGGAAGGGCAAGAAGGAGGCGAAGAAGGCCGAAGCGACGGCCAAUAAACUCCAAGAUGACGUUGCUGACGACCAGGAUGAUUCAGCGUUUGAUACCGAAAAGGCCGUCAAGCUGAAGAGGAGCUUCAUAUGCAAGUUUUGCUCUACCAAGAACUCCCGACAGUGGCGCCGGGCGCCUAACAGUGCGUCCGGUCUAGUAAUAGAGGGAGGCGGUAAACAUGCAAACAAGGACAAAGGAAUACAGUAUGUCGGAGCAUUAUGUAGGAGAUGUGCAGAGCUAUGGCGGCGAUAUGCUAUUCAGUGGGAAGAUAUGGAGGACCUUGCCAAGAAGGUUGCAGCAGCUGGUGGCCGCUCCUGGAAGCGGAGGGUCGAUGAGGAGCUGCUCAAGGAGAUUAUGGCGGCAAACGAAAUGAUGAGUCUGACAGUCUACAACAAACCGAAUGGGACACCAUCAACAACACAGCCUGCUGCGACAGCGACACCUGCCCCGCAACCUAGCGGUAGUGAACCACCACCACGCAAGAAACUCAAGACGAUUGCGGACAAAGAAGCAGAGGUUAAUGGCUCGGAUCCCGGCGUUGUCUCGACUCAUACUCAUUCGAAGAAGAAAGAAAAGGCGGUAGAGAAGCCCGCACCGCCACCCCCAGCCCCUGAACUACCAAAACCUCGCACUUUGCCUUGCGCUAUAUGCCACCAGAUGGCCCCGACGGGCGAGCAAGCUCAUCUCUCUUGCAAGGAGUGCCGGCUCACCGUUCAUCGCAAGUGCUAUGGUGUUAUCGACAAUCGACUUCCGGGCAAGUGGACCUGCGAUAUGUGCCUGAAUGAUAAAAAUCCUCAGGUUUCCAUAGAUUAUAAAUGUGUCCUAUGCCCGGUAGAAUUCACAGAACACGACUUUAUUGAACCACCGAAAAACACGCACAAGAAGAAGACCGAGAAGGAGAAGGAGAAGGAGCGCCUUGAUCGUGAUCUCGCGCAGAAGGCCGUAGAGUAUUAUCGCAAAAAGCAAGAGGAGAUGAAUCGCCCCGUGAACCCUAGGGAGCCUCUAAAAAGGACAGCAGACAACAAUUGGGUCCAUGUCACUUGUGCGGUGUGGAUGCCCGAAGUCAAGUUCGGCAAUGCCCUUGCCCUAGGUCCGUCAGAAGGUAUACCAUUGAUACCACGUAGUAGAUUUGACGAAGUUUGCAAGGUGUGCAAGCAAAAAGGUGGCGCGUGUGUAGCCUGCCAUCAAUGCCGCGCUCCUGUCCACGUGGAAUGUGCCCAUCAAAAUGGGUACCUGCUUGGCUUCGAGAUUACGCCCGUGAAAGGCUCCAGACGAGAUCAGCACAAUCUUGUCACUAUCGGAGGAGAAACGGGGAUAAUGUCAGCAGCCGUCUGGUGUAAGGAGCAUAUUCCUCAAAAAAGCGUGGUUCAUCGCAUGCACGACCCUGUACCUCAGCCUGAGAGCCAAAGCAAGGAUGCACAACUUGCGAACGCCCUGCAGCUCUACGUGCAUAACUACAAGCAGGCAGACCUUACCCUAACGGGUAAUGUUCGCAAGGCGAACCUGGCUAAUCUUGCCGCCACCAAGACACCUACCGUUACAACGCAAACGAACCCAAAUAGGAGGCAAUCCACUACAAACGUUUCCAGUUCGGCAACAACAGGUCAGAGAGCGUCUCCGGUCGAUGGUGUGGUCGAUGCAGCAUCCAUCAACCCUCAGUGCGGCGAUAAAGUCUGCAUAACUUGUGGCAUUGACGUGAGCCCAAAGUGGUGGCCUAUCGACAAGGGCCAAGAAAAAGUCUUGACAAAUGGAUAUACCGGCUCUCUUAGCAGUGAGGCGCUGAGGUUUGUAGCUCAGCGGAGCGUCCAAUGUCAUAAGUGCAAGAGGAGUAAUCGAAAACUUACACCCCAUAACCCGCCAAGAACGGACGGGCCAGCAUCAAAUGAACCAACACGGGUCGCUCUGCCUCCUUCAAUUCCCACUACUGUAACAAAUCAUCCACCACACGUAUCUCACACUAUGAACAGGCUCGUGGACCUAGGGAAUUCGUGGGGACCACGAGGUCCUACAGCACAAGGAACGACAUCUACGGUUGCCCCGGCGAUCGCUGCACCACCGUUACAUCCUCCACCUGCAGCUGUCCCUCCACCUUUGCCGCUGACCGCUUCCCACGCUGGAACGAGUCCAAUGGUAGCUCCGGGCGGCCCACCAGUGCCUGCACACCAUUAUCCUCCUCCCAGUGCUCCUUAUGGAGAGUGGCAUCGUAGCCCGCCUCAGCAUCCACCUACCCUUCAUCAGAUGAAUGGCGGCUCUAGUGGACCAAACCCGAUCCAUCAUAAUCAUCUCCGCGACCUCCGGCCUCCGCCGAUAGCUCCAAUGUCCCAUCACCAGGGACCACAGCUUCAGCAUGGGCUUGGCCAAGCUAUGGUAAAUGGGAUCCCUCCCUCUCCACCUCCGCCUCGACGCGGUCCUGGCCCGGUUCAGAAUGGCACUUCUCCUUAUAUGCCAUCCUACCAUUCGGCGCAUAACUCGCACCACGGCCUCACGAAUGGCAGUCCUCCGCCCCGCACUUCAGAGCAUUCGUUUUCCCAAGGUAUGCUUGGAUCGCGAUCACCAUUUUUAAAUCCGCAUGGGAGUCCUCCGAUUUCCCGAGAUGGGAUCUCGAUGAGUCGUGAACCAAGUCUAAGCAACAAUAUACCUUCAAGGUCCAACGAUAGUCGCCCUGCAAGCGGGGCCAGCGCCAACGCGUCGCUGCGCAACCUUCUGUCGUGA